CCGCGCUGCCGGGAUCAGAGUAUGGCCUGCGUCUCUGCGGGUUACAGGCGCUAGCUAGUCCGACCCUAACUCCGUUUGGACCAGUCCAAAGGCCAUGCCCCUUGAUCCGACCAGACCACAGGCGGAACCGCAUUGCUCCAUUCCACUCCAGGCCUGGCCUUGAACUCGGCCGCAGCCCCGGGUCCGCUCUGGCCAUGCGUGGGAAGCUGCUGCUGCUGGCCGGCCUCUACCUGGUGCAGGGCCUGCCCUAUGGGCUGCAGUCUGGCCUGCUGCCCAUGCUGCUGCGAGCGGGCGGCCUCUCCCUGACACGUGUGGGACUGGCCAAAUUGCUGUACGCGCCCUGGCUGUUCAAGCUAGUAUGGGCACCACUGGUGGACACACGGGGCUCCCCCAGGGCCUGGCUGACGCUCAGCACGGCUGCUCUGGGCUUAGUGUGCGGGCUGCUGGCAGCCCUGCCUCCUGCUGAAGCUGGCCAGGCUGAGCUGCCGGUUACCGUGGCAGUGCUACUUCUGUUGCUGAACCUUGGUGCAGCUGUGCAGGACGUGGCCCUUGACACGCUGGCUGUGCAGCUCCUGGAACCAGCAGAGCUGGGCCCUGGCAAUACCGUGCAGGUGGUCGCUUACAAGCUGGGGUCGGCGCUGGCGGGUGGUGGGCUGCUGGCCCUUCUGCCCACCUUCUCCUGGCCCCAUCUAUUUCUGCUCCUGGCUGCCAUCUACUGGCUGGCUGCUGCCCUGGCUUGGGUUGCACCUGCCCUGCAACAACUGCCCUCGCCGCAGCAGAAAGGACCCCCUACGAACUACCUGAACCUCCUGGACUUGCUGGCUGUGUCUGGGACCCUGUGGACCACAGGCUUUGCAGUCACUUACAAGCUGGGUGAACAGGGCGCCAGCAGCCUGUUUCCACUCCUCUUGUUGGACCAAGGCCUCUCUGCCCCAGAGCUGGGGCUGUGGAACAGUGUUGGUGCGGUGGCCUGCUCCAUUGCUGGCUCGUCCAUGGGUGGGGCCCUGCUGUCGGGGCAUCGGAAACUGCUGCCCUUGCUGAAGUCAGUGCUUUGGUUCCGUCUUGGGGGCCUGGUGUGCCAGACCACCUUGCUCUUCUACCUGGACACCUCAUUGGCCAGGCUUGGCCCUGGCACAGUCCUGAGAGGGGCAGCCUUGUUGAGCCUGUGUCUGCAACACUUCUUGGGGGGCCUGGUCACAACUGCCACCUUCACCCUGAUGAUGCGCUGCAGCCAGCUGGCACCCAGUGCCCUCCAGGCCACACACUACAGCCUCCUGGCUACAAUGGAGCUGCUGGGGAAGCUGCUGCUAGGCACACUGGCUGGAGCCCUGGCUGACAGCCUAGGGCUGCAUCUCUGUUUCUCACUCUUCCUUGCUCUCUCAGCCAUGCCCAUCCUAUAUCUGGGUCUGGCACCCAGAACCCUGGCCUGAGCUAGGUGGCAAGACUGGUCAAUAAAGCCAAGUGUGACUGGCCUGCUUGUCUA